CCGCGCCUGCGCCGGGUCGAGACGUCUUUAAAAAAGAAAUACAAAAUGGCGGCGCGUACAAUUAUAAAUACACAGUGUUUGUUCACAUUCUCAAGACGUGCAUACAGCUCGAAAGGCGACAAGAAUGUCGCUUUCCUCGGCCUUGGGAACAUGGGUGGUUAUAUGGCGGCGAAUUUAGUCAAAAAGGGCUUCACAGUACGGGGUUAUGAUCCUUCAAAAGAAGCACUGACGGCAGCAGCUAAGGAUGGCAUCACCAGCGCCAACUCCAUCGCAGCAGCCGUGGACGGUGUCGAUGUGAUUGUCUCCAUCUUGCCAAGCAACAAAGUGGUGUUAGAUGCUUACUUAGGCAAUGAUGGAAUUGUUAAAAAUGCUCCCAAAGGCGCACUCCUAAUAGAUUCGAGCACUGUGGAUCCGAACGUGCCCAAGCAGAUAUUCCCUGUAGCUAUUGAAACUGGAGUGGGCUUCAUUGAUGCACCCGUUUCUGGAGGUACCAUGGGAGCUCAGAAUGCCACUCUAGCUUUCAUGGCCGGGGGGCGUAAGUCAGACUUCGACAGAUCUCUACCUCUGCUCAAGGCUAUGGGGGCGAAGCAGUACCACUGCGGGGAAAUCGGAUCUGGUCAAGUGGCCAAGUUGACCAACAAUAUGCUGAUGGGCAUCACUGGGAUGGCCACAGCUGAGUGCAUGAACAUGGGUAUAAAAAUGGGUUUAGAUCCUCAAGUACUCCUGGACGUGCUGAACAACUCCUCCGCCCGCUCGUGGUCCACCGAGGUAUACUGUCCCGUACCUGGACUGGUCUCGACAGCGCCAUCUAGCCGCAACUACGAUGGUGGAUUCAAGAACGAAUUGAUGGUCAAGGACCUGGAGCUCGCCAGUGGAAUGGCCCUCGGUAUCCGGUCACCUAUUCCACUCGGUGCAGUCGCGACGCAGCUGUACCGCAUCGUACAAUCCAGAGGAUACGGACAGAAGGACUUCUCGUUUGUGUACCAAUUGCUUAAAAAUGAGAAAAAGUAGAAUAAAUCAGUAAAUUAGU